CGACUGUAGUUGACCCGAAGAGGGAGACGAAAAAAAUUCUGAAAUUGCCUACAAAAAUUUCCAUCUCUACCCCUGACAUUUUGAGAAAAUGUCGAUCAUCCCCAACAUCUUCGGUCGCCGGACCAACGUUUUCGAUCCAUUCUCGCUCGACGUGUGGGACCCAUUCGACGGCUUCCCCUUCUCCUCCAACGUCCCAUCUCUGCCAUCCUCCUCUCGCCCGCGCUCGGAGAUCUCGUCCUUCGUAGGGGCACAGAUCGACUGGAAAGAAACCCCGGCCGCACACGUGUUCAAGGCCGAUCUGCCGGGCCUGAAGAAGGAAGAGGUGAAGGUUGAGGUCGAGGACGGGCGGGUGCUGCAGAUCAGCGGCGAGAGGAGCCGCGAGCAGGAGGAGAAGACGGACACGUGGCACCGCGUCGAGAGGUCAAGUGGCAAGUUCUUGAGGCGAUUAAGGUUGCCGGAGAAUGCGAAGGUGGAGGGAGUGAAGGCAGCAAUGGAGAACGGAGUGCUGACUGUAACGGUUCCGAAAGAAGAGGUAAAGAAGCCUGAUGUGAAAUCCAUUGAAAUUUCUGGUUGAGCGUUAUUGUGGGGAUUUUAGGGGUUUUUGUGAUGAAGGGCGUGUUUUCGAUGGAGCGGAUGUGGAUACUUUUGUGUUUCGUCAUGGGUGACUGUAGUGGAAAUGGUUGGUCGUGGGUAAUGUAAAUGGAUGUCGUUAGGUUCUGAUUUCUACUUCAAUGAGUUUUCGUUGCAGGUGGUUUUAA